UAACUUUCGACUUUAGAAAACGGUGGACGUGUUUCGUAAUUUGUAAAUAAAAUGAAAACAAAAAAAAAACCCGAAAAAAACUAAACCGCAUGACAAUUGUUUAAGCUAAUUAAAAAGUUAAGUAAAAAAAGGUUAUAAAAUACCGAAACGAUAUAAUGACAGAAAACAAAAAAAUAAAUUAAUUAAAUUGCUUAUGAUAACAAAAAGUGAUAAAAAUACCAUAAGUAAAAAAAUAAACUUAUAUUCAUAUUGCGGUUAAUUUUCGAUAACCAUCAAGACUAAAUAACGGGCGUGCCAGGGAACGUCACACACUUGGCUUUACACGAACUUUAUUUCUCGCUUUGCAAGUCCUAGAAUAUUAUUGAAAAUGUAAAGAAAUUUGUUCGAUUGUGUUUUCAACGUUUCUUAUAAACGAUUUAGUCAAAAAUUAAACAAAUGCUCUCAAUUAAAGCAAUACAAAAAAAAUACAUUGGUUUUUGUUACUAUUGUGUGACAAAUUGACAACAUUUUCGUUUCGUCGCCAAGCUGUUGCAAAAAGGCAUAUAUGCCAGCACGUUUUUUACGUGAAUAUUGGAUUAAAUAUAAUUCUUUUAAUGUGCUACGCUUGCUGCUUUUACUCUCACAUGAGUGAAUAAUAAUUUUACUCUCUUCACUAUUUAUGUUAACUAGAUUGCACAUUAUAGAGGGCUUAACGAUUCCUACUUAUCACCUUAAAGCAUGAAGGGUUGGUUCGAUGCGUUUCGAGACGAUGGCGGACCUACGCUAUAUUCGUUUUCGAAUCGUACUCCCGUUACAGGGGACGUAUCUAUCGUAGCAGUUUCGGUUAUGUUUGCAACAUUUUAUGUUGCAUUCUUAGUUAUUUUUCCAGGUGUAAGAAAACAGAAAUUCACAACAUUCUCGACCGUCACACUAAGUCUUUUUGUGGGACUAGUCAUAUUAAUCACAAGACUUGGUUCAGCAUGGCAUGUUGCAAAUACAACAAUUAUAGCACCAUACAAAGCAUUCUCGCGUGAGAAAUUACCCGCUCGCAUAGGUACUCAUAUUGGCUUAAUGCAUGUCAAUGUAACAUUGACUGCUGUACCUGUCGGCAAUUGGAUACAACCUGAUAUUGAUUAUAAUGAACGUUUCACUUGGGAAGGUGCUACCGAUAUGAGUACAAAUUAUCGUAAUGCUCUGAAGCGCGGUUUACCGUUCCCCAUAUUAACGGUGGCUGAAUAUUUCAGUUUGGGACGCGAAGGAUUUUCAUGGGGUGGCCAAUAUCGUGCGGCUGGUUAUUUUGCGAGCAUUAUGUUAUGGGCAUCGUUAGCUUCAUGGCUGUUAAUGAAUUUAUUACUUAUCGCUGUGCCACGCUAUGGUGCCUAUAUGAAGGCUUUAACCGGCGUUUUGCUGAUAGGCACCAAUGUGGGUUAUUAUUGUUUAUUGCCAAAAAGACCGUUAACGAUUUAUCUCGAGGGUGGCCGUUUGGAAUUUCAUUUGGGCUGGUGUUAUUGGCUGUUAAUGGUUGCCGGAAUUUUAUGUUUUAUUGCUGGAAUACUGAUAUCCAUAAUCGAUUUGGUAUGGCCUCAUACCUUUUCAACAGUGCUUGAGGUUUACUACGGUACACCUUAUGAUCGUCACGUGAUAUUGGAGGAAUCCAGCGAUGUUAGGUAUCGCAAGCGUAACAGUCGCAAUUUGGAAGAUCCUACAGGUUUAGGAUCACGUAUUUUAAGACGUUUAUCGUCGAAGACAAAGGAUACAACGGCAUCGUCACAGCGAGCUAGCACCAGUCACGCGGCUAACGCAAGCGUCUCUGCAACGACGCCGGGCGUUGAAAACAAAGCUUUUCAAAAUGAUGUACCGAAAAGUCCGUGGCGUUAUCCAUUCCGAAGAGUUCAGCAAUUGCAAUCGCAUCCUAGGCAUAUGCAACGCACUUUAAGUCAAGAGUCGGGCUCCUCGAUAGCUUCAGCGUCUAUACAAAUUUCGCCAUUACAUAAGCAUGCCUUGGCCAGAAUGCUACCACAUCCACCCGUCGAGUAUAAUACUAGAGGAGCUACGGAUCGUUGGUGAUCUCUCGCGUGCACUUUAUUGAAAUAGUUUUUUAUUUUCAUUUUUCAUUUUUUAUUUUUUAUAAAUAUAACAAAACGAACGUAACUUGUAUUUGUGAUUGAUAUGUAUUAGUUUAAUUGUUUUUGUUUUUUUGUUUAAUUUUUUUUUUCGAUAAAUUUUAUGUAUUGAUUUAAAUUGUACAACAAAACAAGAGCCAUUUACUUAAUUAAGAUUUUUCGCUUUAAAUUAUUUAAAAUAGGGUUUUUUUUUUGCUUCGUUUUUUUUGUUUACAUAAUUUUUUUUUUUCUAUUAUAGCAAAAAUUUGUAAUUGUUUUCAAUUUUCCACAUUUAGUGAUAAGUGAUGAUAUAUUAUUGUGAUAAUCCUUCAAAUAUGAAAAUAUAAUUAUUAAGCAAUUGUUUCUAAUGCUCGCUUGUUUCCCUAGGGAUUUUAUUCAUAAAUAAUGCUUUCAAUUGAAAAUUUUUAAUUGUUAAUUUUUUAAUUCUCGUUUUCGAAUGUAAAUAAUAAGACCGGGAUUAUUGUUAGAAAUUAUGAUUUACUGUGUGUGCGUGUGUGUACAUUUCUUUUUUUUUUGCUCAAAUAAUAUUUGAGUGUCUUUUCUCUAAGUUAUUUAUUAUUCAUUUUUUAUUUUUAUUUUUUUUCAUUUAAUUUAUAUAAGUAUUUUUUCCAUAUUUCGGUAAAGAGUAAAUUAAUUGCCUUAUGAAUGCUGAGGAUAGAUACGCCUGUGUUCUUGUAAAAAUUUUCAAUUAUAUUCUAAUUUAUAAAUUUUAAUAGCGGACGAGAUUUACUUUUCGCUACGUUUCAAAUUAUUGACGGUUUGAAAACGUAUUGAAGUCUAAUAAAAUUUACUUAUGUUUUAUAGAAA